GCGGAGGCGGCGGGGGGGAAGGGGGGCCUUGCCCAGGAGAGUGGAGGGGCUCCAGUUCCGGGUCAGGCCCUUCUUCCGCCUCCCUCGGCCACCACCAUGGCGAGUAGUGGCGGCGCCGGUGCAGCGGCGGCGGCGAACCUGAACGCGGUGAGGGAGACCAUGGACGUUCUGCUUGAGAUUUCAAGAAUAUUGAAUACUGGCUUAGAUAUGGAAACUCUGUCUAUUUGUGUACGACUUUGUGAACAAGGAAUUAAUCCAGAAGCUUUAUCAUCAGUUAUUAAAGAACUUCGAAAGGCCACUGAAGCACUAAAGGCUGCUGAAAAUAUGACAAGCUGACUUUCUGGAGAAAUCCUGAUGAGAUAUGUCAAGCUCUGCAAAAGGAUUUGAAGAUUGCAUUGUUUUCAAGAAUGUACAAUGAAAUUACAGCAUGCAGCAGUGUAGACACAUUUUCUUUUUUAAGAAAAUUAUAAAACCAUAGCUUUAUAAAUCAGUGGAAAGUGGCUUACAGAGAACUAUCAGAUAUUUUUAUGUUACAUCUUGCUUUUUUAAAAAAUAUUUUGAAUGGCUUGCCAUUACUGUGUUCACAUUUAUGUAUUUCCUAUCUAUAGCUCUGAUAGCUUUAAUUUUCUAAGCAGUCUCUGUCCAGUCUGCACAUCUGCUGUGCCUGGUUGAAGUAGAGUGGAGCCCAUCAGCAGUAAUGUAGUAGUUGUAACUUGUUGACAUUUCCAUUAUAAACGUUAAUUUUGAAUUGCUUGUGCAAAGUAACUGGAUUUAUGUUGUAUUAGGCUAGAAGUUGUCAGAAUUUCAGCCACUAUAAAUUUUGAUUUAGAUUCAUUAUGUGUAUCAGAAUCUUUUAUUUUAAUGAAAACAUUUGUUGUAAUCUGCUCCAUAACAAAGAAUAUUUAGUAUUUUAAACAUAAAGUUUGAGAGUUAACAGAUAAGAACCAAUCAACCAGUUUAAAGUAAAACUUUUAGAGACUUAAACUUUUAUUUAAUAAUGACAGUGCUAAGCUUGGAAAUGUAUCAUUUAAAUCAUUUAGAUUAAUAGGAAUAUUGAGAAUGUUUCAUUCUCAGUUUAUACUCUGUAAAUUAUGGUCUAAAAAACAAUGUGUAAUGAAACAUUUCCUACAUGAAAAAUUCUUUCCAUUUAUUACAGCAAAAUCAUUUGAGCACUUACCUAAUAAAUCUUGAGUGAUUAAUACAUCACUAAAUAGGAGAGGUCUUUCAACAGAAGAUAUUUUCUGAACAAAAAGAGCUGUCUAGUCAUUAGAAACUAAUCAAAAGUUCUUUAUCAGGGAUUAAAACAUGCCUUUCUAGGGUUAUUUUUGCAUGUCAUUUUUUUUUUUCACCCUGGAAGUUUUAACUAAUGAGAAUGAUGGUUCAAAGUAAAUUUUAGAAAAUUUAGGUUAACAUUGAUUCUGUUCUGUAAUAGAAUCUCAAUGCAUUAUUUUUAUCAAGCCUACUACAACUUCAAUUUUAAUGUUUCUUAAAUAUCAGACUUUGUUAGCUUCCAUUUGAACUAUACCACAAGCUUUACUCUUUAGCAGGACUGUUUGUUCUUCAAACAAGCUGAAGUGGUUUUAAGAAUUCUUAGUAAUAUUUAAAUGGCAACCUUCUGUACUGUUGUUUUUUUAAAAAAAUCUGUUCUUUAGAUGAUACAGACUUUUUAAAUGCAUGGUAUCUUUACCAAGUGCACUGGAAAGUCUAUUGACAAAACUAGUUGGGGGCUAAUAACAGCUUGAAUAGACAUUUAUUUGGAAAUAAACACUGCAUGUUGUCAGUUGUAAAUCAUAAGAGAACACUUUGUCAAGCUCCCAAAUUUGUAUAUACUUUUUGGCCAUUAGAAUUAAUAGUUUUAUUUAUGACUUAGAAUUAAUAGUUUUAUUUAUAGAUUUAGUUACUUAUGUAUGAAACAAAGCAGGAAAUAUAUUUGAGAAGGAGUUAUGUUUACAGAGGACUUCUUUAAUGUGUUACUUUUUAAAUGUAAACAUAUAUUUUUAAUGCAUAUGAAGUAAUAGUUAAGGAAACCAAGCAAAGUAAUGAUACAAUCACAGUGUUGUGUUUAUUGUCAAUGACAAAAAUAAAAAUAUUUGAUAGUAUAUGCUUCUGUGAAUUCAACUUGUGUAUCAGUAAUUCUGUAGAUUUAGAUGCUUGUUACUUAGAUUGAAGACUGCUUAAAGACUUAGUAAUUUACCAUGUAAAGUGGAUUACUUUUCCCUAGUAAUAAAAGGAGAAGGGCACCUUAACAUUGCCCCAGGCUUGAAAACAAAGCUGGCUUUUCAAAUAGGCCUGAGAUUUUUUUCUAUACUUCAAAUAAGCUUCUUUACCAUAGUGAGACAUGAAAGAUACCUGCAUGUUCCAAACCUAAAAGUUUCCAGUGGCUGAAUUACCAGUUUUUAAGUACAUAAAUUAAAAUUCUUCAUACUUGUCACAUUUUUAUUGUGAUAAGGAAUACAUAAUAAAACAUUUACCAUUAUCAUUUUAAGUUGUAUAUUCAACCAUGACUACUAUCCAGAAUGUUUUGACCAUCAAAACAGAAACUCUGUCUAUUACCAAUAACUUUAUUCUUAAAUUUUCCCCAUCUCAAAGAAAGGGUGAACAUUUUCCCCCUUGUUUUAUAAAUUUCACUACUCUAAGUACUUUGUCUAAGAGGAAUCAAACAAUGUUUUUCUUUUUGUGUCUCAUUUCACUUGGUAUGAUGACCUCAAAUUUUGGUAUAGUGCCUUAUAUCAGAAUCUCCUUUUUAAAGCUGAGUAAUAUUCCCAUGUAUGUAUGUGCAUGUGCACAUACAUAUUGUUU